GCGAGAUGUGAUGUUGCAGAAGAAAACAAUGCAGUUGGAAUGUUUGGCAGCUGUGAAGUGGAGCGAUGGAAGAGGAUCUCAGUCUGUUAGAAACACAGCUCAAAGAAGUGCAUAAGAAGCUAUGGAAGUAUAUAAGACAUGUCAGAGGCACCAAGAACAGAAGAAGCAUCAAGGAGCACCUGGAAGCAACACAUCUACCGCAUCUACGUCAAGAGAUUAAACAACAACAGAAAUGACUGGAGCUGCCGUGUCCGUGUGCCUACUUUUUCUCCUGUCUCUAUGUUCAGCGUGUUACAUCUCUAACUGUCCUAUCGGUGGGAAGAGGUCCAUCAUGGAUGCACCGCUGCGAAAGUGCAUGUCCUGUGGACCCGGAGACAGGGGCCGCUGCUUCGGCCCGAAUAUCUGCUGCGGGGAGGGCCUCGGCUGCCUGCUGGGCUCUACGGAAACGGCUCGCUGCGUGGAGGAGACCUACCUGCUCACCCCCUGCCAGGCAGGAGGGAGACCCUGUGGAUCUGAGGGAGGACGCUGCGCUGCUUCAGGACUCUGCUGUGAUGCAGAAAGCUGCACCACGGACCAAUCCUGCCUCGUCGAGGAGGAAGGAGAUGACCAGAACGGCCAAUUCGAAGGCAGCGACCCCGGUGACAUCAUCCUCAGGCUCCUGCAUCUGGCUGGUCUCAAUUCGCCCCAUCGAGUUCACCAAUGA